AUGGCGGGGGCCUGGCUCAGGUGGGGGCUCCUGCUCUGGGCAGGGCUGCUCGCGUCGUCCGUGCACGGCCGGGUGCGGAGGAUCACGUACGUGGUGCGCCCGGGCCCCGGCCUGGCGGCGGGCGCCUUGCCCCUGGGCGGGCCCCCGCGCCCGCGGACCUUCAACGUCGCGCUCAACGCCAGGUACAGCCGCAGCUCGGCGGCCGUCGGCGCCCCCAGCCGCGCCUCCCCAGGGUCCCCCUCGGAGCGGACCCGGCGCACUAGCAAGCCGGGCAGCGGGGCCCUGCAGGGGCUCCGGCCGCCACCGCCGCCGGAGCCGGCGCGUCCCGGGGGCCCCAGCGGGCAGCUCCACCCCAAGCCCGGCGGUCACCCGGCGGCCGCCGCGUUCGUCAAACAAGGCAGGCAAGUCGUGCGCUCCAAAGUGCCGCAGGAGACCCAGAGCGGCGGGGGCUCCAGGCUGCAGGUUCACCAGAAGCAGCAGCUGCAGGGGGUCAAUGUCUGUGGAGGGCAGUGCUGUCAUGGCUGGAGUAAGGCCCCUGGCUCCCAGAGGUGCACCAAACCAAGCUGUGUUCCACCGUGCCAGAAUGGAGGGAUGUGUCUCCGGCCUCAACUCUGUGUGUGUAAACCGGGCACCAAGGGCAAAGCCUGUGAGACAACAGCUGCCCAGGAUACCUCGUCGCCAGUCUUUGUAGGGCAGAAUCCUGGGGCUGCCUCCUCCUGGGUCCCUCCUGAGCAAGCAGCAAAGCACACUUCAUCUAAGAAGGCAGACACUCUACCAAGAGUCAGUCCUGUGGCCCAGAUGACCUUGACCCUCAAGCCGAAGCCUUCGGUUGGACUCUCCCAGCAGAUACAUCCUCAAGUGACACCCCUUUCCUCACAGAAUGUGAGGAUACAUCGUGGCCAGACCCAGGAAUAUGUGCUCCAGCCCAAGUACUUUCCAGCCCAGAAGGUGGUUUCAGGAGAGCAGUCCACCGAAGGUUCCUUCCCUUUAAGAUACAGGCAGGAUCAAGUUGCAGCGCCUUUUCAGCUGAGUAACCACACUGGCCGCAUCAAGGUGGUCUUUACUCCGAGCAUCUGUAGAGUGACCUGCACCAAGGGCAGCUGUCAGAACAGCUGUGAGAAGGGGAACACCACCACUCUCAUUAGUGAGAAUGGUCAUGCCGCCGACACCCUGACGGCCACGAACUUCCGAGUGGUAAUUUGCCAUCUUCCAUGUAUGAAUGGUGGCCAGUGCAGUUCAAGGGACAAAUGUCAGUGCCCUCCAAAUUUCACAGGAAAGCUUUGUCAGAUCCCAGUCCAUGGUGCCAGCGUGCCUAAACUUUAUCAGCAUUCCCAGCAGCCAGGCAAGGCACUGGGGACACAAGUCGUCCAUUCUACACAUACCUUGCCUCUGACCAUGACUAGCCAGCAGGGGGUCAAAGUGAAAUUUCCUCCCAACAUAGUCAAUAUCCAUGUGAAACAUCCUCCUGAGGCAUCAGUCCAGAUACAUCAGGUUUCAAGAAUUGAUGGCCCAACAGGCCAGAAGGUAAAAGAAGCUCAACCAGGCCAAUCCCAAAUCUCUUACCAAGGGCUUCCUGUCCAGAAGACCCAGACUGUGCAUUCCACGUACUCCCAGCAGCAGGUCAUUCCUCAUGUCUAUCCUGUGGCUGCCAAGACGCAGCUUGGCCGGUGCUUCCAGGAAACCAUUGGGUCACAGUGCGGCAAAGCGCUCCCUGGCCUUUCAAAGCAAGAGGACUGCUGUGGAACCGUGGGUACCUCCUGGGGCUUUAACAAAUGCCAGAAAUGCCCCAAGAAGCCAUCCUAUCAUGGAUAUAACCAAAUGAUGGAAUGCCUACAAGGUUAUAAGCGGGUCAACAACACCUUUUGUCAAGAUAUUAAUGAAUGCCAACUACAAGGUGUGUGCCCUAAUGGUGAGUGUUUGAAUACCAUGGGCAGCUAUAGAUGUACCUGCAAAAUGGGAUUUGGGCCGGAUCCUACCUUUUCAAGUUGCAUUCCGGAUCCCCCUGUGAUCUCGGAAGAGAAAGGGCCCUGUUACCGACUUGUCAGUUCCGGAAGGCAGUGUAUGCACCCUCUGUCUGUUCACCUCACCAAGCAGCUCUGCUGUUGUAGCGUGGGCAAGGCCUGGGGCCCGCACUGUGAGAAAUGUCCCCUUCCAGGCACAGCUGCUUUUAAGGAAAUCUGUCCUGGUGGAAUGGGUUAUACGGUUUCUGGCGUUCAUAGACGCAGGCCAAUCCAUCACCAUGUAGGUAAAGGACCUGUAUUUGUCAAGCCAAAGAACACUCAACCUGUUGCUAAAAGUACUCAUCCUCCACCUCUCCCAGCCAAGGAAGAGCCAGUGGAGGCCCUGACCUUCUCCCGGGAACACGGGCCAGGAGUGGCGGAGCCAGAAGAUAUUGAUGAAUGUACUCAGGUCCAACACCUCUGCUCCCAGGGACGCUGUGAAAACACUGAGGGAAGUUUCUUGUGUAUUUGCCCAGCGGGAUUUAUGGCCAGUGAGGAGGGUACUAGCUGCAUAGACGUUGAUGAGUGCCUGAGGCCGGAUGUGUGUGGGGAAGGGCACUGCAUCAACACGGAGGGGGCCUUCCGGUGUGAAUACUGCGACAGUGGGUACCGCAUGACCCGCGGAGGCCGUUGUGAGGAUAUUGAUGAAUGUUUGACCCCAACUACUUGUCCAGAUGAGCAGUGUGUGAAUUCUCCUGGAUCUUACCAGUGUGUUCCCUGCACAGAAGGAUUCCGAGGCUGGAAUGGACAGUGCCUUGAUGUGGACGAGUGCCUGGAACCAAACGUCUGCACAAAUGGUACUUGUUCCAACCUUGAAGGCUCCUACAUGUGUUCAUGCCACAAGGGCUAUAACCCGACUCCAGACCACAAGCACUGUAAAGAUAUUGAUGAAUGUCAGCAAGGGAACCUGUGCAUAAAUGGGCAGUGCAAAAAUACUGAGGGCUCCUUCAGGUGCACCUGUGGGCAGGGGUACCAGCUGUCGGCAGCUAAAGACCAGUGCGAAGAUAUCGAUGAAUGCCAGCACCGUCAUCUCUGCACUCACGGGCAGUGCAGGAACACAGAGGGCUCUUUCCAGUGUGUGUGUGACCAGGGUUACAGAGCAUCCGCGCUUGGAGACUACUGUGAAGACAUCAACGAAUGCUUGGAGGACAAUAGUGUUUGCCAGAGAGGAGACUGCAUUAAUACUGAAGGCUCGUAUGAUUGUACCUGUCCAGAUGGAUUCCAGCUAAAUGACAAUAAAGGAUGUCAAGAUAUUAAUGAAUGUGAACAGCCAGGGCUCUGUGGUCCUCAUGGGGAAUGUCUAAACACAGACGGUUCUUUUCACUGUGUCUGCGAACAGGGUUUCUCACUCUCUGCAGAUGGCCGUACGUGUGAAGAUAUUGAUGAAUGUGUAAACAACACUGUUUGUGACAGUCACGGGUUUUGUGACAAUACAGCUGGCUCCUUCCGCUGCCUCUGUUAUCAGGGCUUUCAAGCCCCACAGGAUGGGCAAGGGUGUGUGGAUGUGAACGAAUGUGAACUGCUCAGUGGGGUGUGUGGUGAAGCCUUCUGUGAGAAUGUGGAAGGGUCCUUCCUGUGCGUGUGCACUGACGAAAACCAGGAGUACAGCCCCAUGACUGGGCAGUGCCGCUCCCGGGCCUCUGGAGACGUUGAUCAACCCAGAGAAGAAAAGAAAGAGUGCUACUAUAAUCUAAACGACGCCAGUCUCUGCGACAACGUGCUGGCCCCCAAUGUCACCAAACAAGAAUGCUGCUGCACCUCAGGCGCCGGGUGGGGGGACAACUGCGAGAUCUUCCCCUGCCCGGUCUUGGGGACCGCUGAGUUCACUGAAAUGUGUCCUAGAGGGAAAGGUUUUGUCCCUGCUGGAGAAGCUUCUUACGAAACUGGUGAAGAGAACUACAAAGAUGCAGAUGAAUGCUUACUUUUUGGACAAGAAAUUUGCAAAAAUGGUUUCUGUUUGAACACUCAGCCUGGUUAUGAAUGCUACUGUAAGCAAGGGACAUACUACGAUCCUGUCAAAUUGCAGUGUUUUGAUAUGGAUGAAUGUCAAGACCCCAAUAGUUGUAUUGAUGGCCAGUGUGUUAAUACAGAAGGCUCUUACAACUGCUUCUGUACCCAUCCAAUGGUCCUGGAUGCUUCAGAGAAAAGAUGUAUACGACCAGCUGAAUCAAAUGAACAAAUUGAAGAAACUGAUGUCUACCAAGAUCUGUGCUGGGAACAUCUGAGUGAUGAGUAUGUGUGCAGCCGGCCUCUUGUGGGCAAGCAGACGACGUACACUGAGUGCUGCUGUUUGUACGGAGAGGCCUGGGGCAUGCAGUGUGCCCUCUGCCCCAUGAAAGAUUCGGACGACUACGCCCAGCUGUGCAACAUCCCGGUGGCGGGACGCCGGCGGCCGUACGGACGGGAUGCGUUGGUGGACUUCAGUGAACAGUACGCGCCGGAAGCUGAUCCCUACUUCGUCCAGGACCGUUUUUUAAAUAGCUUUGAGGAGUUACAGUUUGGCUUUACUGCAGAUGUGAAUGAAUGCGAUGAGUUGAACAACCGGAUGUCUCUCUGCAAGAACGCCAAGUGCAUUAACACCGAAGGUUCCUACAAGUGUUUGUGUCUGCCAGGCUAUGUACCUUCCGACAAGCCCAACUACUGCACUCCAUUGAAUACCGCCUUGAAUUUAGAAAAAGACAGUGACCUGGAGUGAAAGAGAAUCUACAUAACCCAAGCCCAUAUACUCUGCACUGUGUAAAGGAAAAGGGAGAAGUGUAUCAUACUUGAGACAUUGUACCAAACCCAGAGUGUUGCAAAUACGGAAACAGCAUGGAGUCGCGUGUCCUCUGAAGACGGAGAAAGGAUUUAGGAUGAGACUGACUGGUGUGACAGACCAAAAUGGACAUUUCUCUAAAAAACCGGUAUAUAUAGUCUGUUCAUAUGUAAAAUUCAGUGGAAAAGAGGUGGAACAGUGCUGUUAUUUUAAACAGAAGGUUGUAUUAUUAUGUUGUUUUGUUUUUUUUACUAUUGCUUGAUUAAAUUUGGCAUUUAAAUAGUGGU